UUGGUGCAAUCGAUUUUUGGCAUCGACUGGAUGCCCAUGCCAACAACAAUGUUUGCUUUUAAAAUUUAGAUUAAAUCCGUUAAAAAUCCGUGAAAUCAAAACAAAAGCAGUGGAGCUGCUUCACAACAAGAUUAUCGUGCUUACUAGAAAGUGAAGAACCACGGAGUUACCGCGCCGGAAGUACAAAAGUAAUCACCAAAUCGGAAAUCCGAAAAGUGAAUCAGAAUUUUUCUAGCUCACACACACACGCGCGCAUACCCGCACGCCCAGCAAACACUCAUGCAAGCGUAUGGAACCAGUCGUGUUGUUGUUGUUGCUGUGAAUAAGUGCAAGUGAAGAAGAAGCAGAAACUGUGAUCGGAAAAUUAAGCAAAAAAGAAAAACAGGCGAGGAAAAGUGGGGUUGGGGAAAAGCAGACGGAAAAGUGGAAAGGCGGAGUGCAGCUAACACGCUUCGCUGGCUGCGCGACAGCAGAACGCCAGUCAAGCGCCAAAAACCAUUAGUAGAACCCCAUUUCCAGCUGGAGCGGCACAAGAAAGCAAUUUUCUGGUAGCAGAAACACCAAGAAACGAAAAUAAUUGGCCGAUCUUUAGAGACUCGACUCGACGACAAUUAGCCGGAAUGGAGCUGAAAGUUUGGGUCGAGGGCAUCCAGCGGAUAGUUUGCGGCGUUACAGUGAACACCACAUGUCAGGAUGUGGUUUUUGCUUUGGCCCAUGCCACUGGAAAAGUGGGCAGAUUCACUUUAAUCGAAAGGUGGCGCAAUAACGAACGCCACCUGGCCCCCAAUGAGAAUCCAAUGAAGCUGCUGCUCAAAUGGGGCGAGUAUGCAAAUGAUGUGCAGUUUAUAUUACAACGUUCGGAAAACAAAACACAGCAGCAGCAGCAGCAACAACAACAGCAGCAGCAGAACAAUAAUAAUAAUAACAACUAUGCUGUGAUGACAACAACAAAAAAGCCGCUGGGGCCGAACAACAAUAACAAUAAUAAGCCAGCGCCCACUUUGCUAAAGCAAAAGUCGAACGUCGAACUCAGCUACCGCACAAAGGAAUUGAAAAAAAGUUUCGGGGGCCACGAUGCCAAGCAGUUUGACAACAUUGGAAUCGUCAAGGGAAUUCCGCAGCAGCAGCAAUUGCAGUCACAACAAACGGCCAUGGGAGCACCGGCGAGUCCACCACAGGAGCAGCUGACACCGCAGGAUAACAAUAAUGUAGCACCACUGGUGCCAAAGCAUGAGAAAUCGCUGUCCAAUCCGCUGGACAUGACCAGCACGGGUAGCAAUCCACCCGCACCUACAAAUGGCUACAAUGACUUCUACAACAAUAACAGCAGCAGUAAUCAGCAUAUAUACAGCCAGCUGAGCAAAUCCAGCAAUGAACUCCGACGCUCCAGUCCCAACGAAAUGUACUACAACAAUAAUAACAAUAUUGUUAAUAACAAUAACAACUCACCGGAGCUGUACAAGCAAACGCCGACGAUUUCCGCGAAUGGAGCUCUAGUCCCACCACCAUAUCGUGACCCGCCACCCCCGAGAAACAGCCCCAUGUGCCAGGGGCAGCGUUUGGCCAGCAGCAAUGCGGACACCAUGUCCAAUGCCUCCUCCUCGACGAAUCCGUUUCUCAGCGACUACGAUCAGCAUAGCAGCCACAACACUAAUAGCAUCAACAAUAAUAGCCAGGCCAUGGAGGAGGGUGAGCCCAUGUUCCAGACCACGCAGUAUAACGAUUUGCUGCAGCUCAUCAAGUUUCAGCGGGAGAAGAUCACAGCCCAGCAAAUGGAAUUGCAAAAGUUCGAUACGGAAAUAGUUUAUUUGGAGAGCAAAGAACGCGACCACGCCCACGAGUUGGAUGCUAUUUCGCGUGAGAUUUCCAAGGCGGAUCAAAUCUUUCGGCAAGGAAGCGAACAGCUCCAGACUCUGCAGUAUGUGGAAGAGGAAAACGAAUUGGUCAAGCAGCAAGAGAAGACUUUGAAAUCAGAAAUAGCUCUACUGCGAUCCAAGCUGGCCAAUUGCGAAACAGAGCUGCUACAAUGCAAGAACAAAAUGCGCUUGCUGAUGGAUGACAUUGAGCUGGAGCAGCAACAUCAACAGCAGACCAAUAGGCAAACUGUGGAGCGAGACUUCUUGAUGGAAAUGGAGCGCAUUCAGAGUGAAAUCGACCAGGCUCUGCACAACACUGACACUUCAAACAAAACUGCAGAUAGUUUAAAGAAGGAACUACUCAUGAUCGAGCAUGCCAUCGCGGACAAGAAGCGGCAGGUGGAGCAGCUGGUCAACGAGAUGAAGGAGGUGAAUUUGCAGAGCCUGACUGUGACCACCACGGAGGAGAUCAAGCAUCUAUUGGAAGGACCCAACAAGCAGGGCAGCAGCCGGCGGAUCAUCGGUUCGCCCAGGCAACUUGAAACGGCGGUUCCAACCAGUAAAAAUCCUCAUGGUGUGUGGGUUUAAGUCACACAUACCCAGAACUAUUUUUCUAAACGUAUUUCUCCUCCAACAAAAUAAUGUUUUUGGGAACAAAUUGAUCAACAUAUCUUGAAUGCAUAAUGGAGUUGAAACGAAAUGGAUUCCUUAUGAAUAUCACAAUUUUAAACAAUAUUCUAAAAAUAUUUACAAUAAUUAACGUGCUUGAUUGUUGUUUUAGUAUGUUUACAUUCCAAUCACACUCUAUGGAUCUCUCAAUGCAAUGAUAUAUGUUACAAAUUUGAAAUCACAAUCGUUUUAUUACUCUACAUUCCGCACUGUACUUUGUAUUUAAUAGUAGUUAAUGAGUCCCAUAUUCACAUGCCCUAAUCUUAAUUUUGUGUGCUAUACUUUUGGUUAAUUUUUGCUGCUAGUCUACGUGUUAACAAAAACCCUUUCCAAUCUCUACAAUUCGCCAUUAGUUGUUAACUUGACAAUGAAUUUUAAUUGUUGCAAUAAUUCGAGAGUAUCGUAAUUUAAAAACGCCUUUCUAACGAAUAAGUAGUGCCCUUAGUGAUUUGUCUCCUACAGAAUUAUUCAUUGUAGAAUUCACAAUUCGAAUUACACAAAACUUAUUGUACUUAGCAAUUAGCGCAGCUUUAAAAAAACAAAUUAGCAAUGCUUUGUUGAAAAGUUUAACUUUUAAAGUGCUUAGCCUUAGCCACCGGAUAUCGAAACAAAAGACCGAAGCAUUAACAAUUGCAAAGGUAUCAAGCAUUAGUACAUACAUAAUUGCUAGCGUACAAUUAAAAGACAACCCACAAGUCGCUUUGAUGUAUUAUGUUUUUAAUUAGCAAUAUUUAAUAUUUACACAAACUGAUGAUGAUAGUGAACUACAAAACACCAACGGAAAUGCAAUUUAUCGAAUAUUAUAUAUUACUAUUACAUUUAAACUAAAAACGAUUUAGAACAAAUUGUAAUUGCAUUACAUCUAAUUAGCUAAUAAAUACAUUUUUAUGAUUUUCUCGAAACG